AACAACUAAAAAACAACCACAACGCAUCAUGGGUAACAAAGAAAGUGUCGAUGCUGCUGCCAAAUUGAAUGCUGAAGCCUGGGCUCAUGAGAGGAGCAGCCGCUAUCACAACUAUCGUCACAAUCAACGCUCUCAGUCGCUAAAUCGCGGCCAAACUCUAUCACAGGCGGACGUUAGCGGGAUGUGGUGACAUCGGGGUGCAACAGCAGCUCAAUCUAGUGGCUGUGCCAGCUGUGCCAUGGGCAACAAGUUGAGCUGUUCAUGUGCGCCCCUUAUGCGCAAAGGAGGCUAUCGUUAUGAAGAUUCACCAUGGCAAAGUACACGACGACGAGAUGG